UUUCAUCUGGAUUGAUGGUUUCAGUCAAGGACAGCAAUGAAAAUAGUUGUUACCAUGGUUUAUUUCCUGAAAAUACAUGGACAAUACUUUGUCGUCGAGUGUUGAAAACAAGUGUUUUAAAUGUAUCACUCGGUUUUCAAAUUCAUGUCAAGGAAAUAGAAGUAUUUGGAGGCACAAACGUUGCCUUGUGGAAGUGGACCAAUCAGACAAGUUUCUAUCAGAGCAGAACAUACGAUGCAGACAAAGCUGUGGAUGGAUGGGAUGGCGGGCAUAAUUUUGACUCUGAUUCCUGUACUCAUACCUCGGGUUAUGAAGAUCCCACGUGGACUGUUGCACUAGAAGACUUUUACUCUAUUAUGUCAAUACUAAUAGCCAACAGGGACGACCAAAAUAGAAAACGAAUAGAUGGAUUUUCUAUAACCGGUAAAACAAGGAAUGGGAUGAAUAUCCAUAUUUAUUCUGAUGUGAACCCACCGUCAGUGGGGAGGAGUGAUAUCUGGAUAGACUCGGGAAAUAUCAACUUGGAACCUGUGAAUGAGAUUACAAUCCAUGGCAAUACCACGAGUACAGAAAAAAUCCUUACACUCUGUGAGGUUUACAUCUUUGCAUGUGUACCUAGUGAAAGCGGACAAAGAAAGUGCAGUGCAUAUUGUCCCCAAAACUGUGAACCUUCAGAUAAAUGUCUGAAUGACAACUUUACCUGUUCCAAAUGUCUUCCCGGUUGGAGUGGACCGUUCUGUGAUCAAGAAACAACAAAUCAGCGACAGGAGAAGUUCUGUGAUUAUCAACUAAAUCGUAAGGCAGACAACAGGAACGGUUGCACUGCACUGCAACACUGUGAUAACGUUAACACAUUUGAUGACAGAACUGGUGUUUGUACUGGACAGAAUAAUCAAUGUGAGAAAGGCUGGAUGGGACCAGGAUGUCAAUACGUUAAUCUUGCUAUCAAACCUGGGAACAAUGACUUUGUUUUUGACGGAAACCAAAACGUUGGCCGUGUCAUACAAACCGCAAAUGUUGUCCUGAAAGGAACAUUCACAGUCACAGCAGUCAACAUUCAUGUCGAUCCAAUGCAAUCCUCUACAACUGUGACGAUCAGUGAUAUCAAUAACCGUACCUGCUACAUCGGAAAAAUUCCCAUGGGAUCCCCUACUAUUUUCUUCAGCAGAAUGUGCAUAACAAACAAUAUAACGAUAAGAUUUGGAAGACAGAUAUUUGUGAAAGAGAUUGAAGUUUUUGGAGGUAAAAACGUAGCUUUAUGGAAAAUAACCAACCAAAGCUCAACUCUUGGUCCUUGGACCUCUGACAAAGCUGUGGAUGGUAGAGAUGAUGGUGGGAAUUUUGAUACUAAAACAUGUUCUCACACAGCAGAAGGUAUUGCUACUCGGCCAAAAUGGACUGUUCUUCUAGGGAAUUCAUUUUCCAUAACAUCAAUUCGAAUUCGCAAUAGGAAUACACUGCAGAAAAGAAUUAAUGAUUUUAUGGUAUUUGGAGUAACAAAUGGUGGACAAAAAAUACCAAUUUAUGACGAUAAAGAGCACAAUCGCAUCACUGAUCGAAACGACUUAUGGAUAGAUUCCUCCCGGAUGCCACACGUGCGAGUCCAGGAAAUACAAAUCGAGUUACCUUUUGGUCAAAACAAGAUUUUAACAUUAUGUGAAGUUUAUGUAUUUGCGUGCAGUCCCACAGAAAAUGGCAAGGAUAAUUGUCUAAGCUUUUGUUCACCCAAUUGCUCCGUAUUGGAAACAUGUGCAAACGAAAACUUUUCCUGCAGAAGUUGCAAUAAAGGAUGGACAGGUUCUAGAUGCAAUCAAGGUAGCCGGUUUCAGGUCACUUGA